AUGCUUGAAAAGCCACUGAACUCUAUCUCCUUUCUUCUUCUUUUUUGUAUGUCUCGUCCUCUUCCGCAAUCUCCCAUUAUAAAACCACCUCUUUCAAAACUCUAUAUUGACCCAACCGAAUCCGAAAUGGAGGCCCAAUACCGUAACCACGGCGGAGACACCUCCUUCUCUAGCCUCCGUGUCUACCUCAAUUCUCUCUCCGACACUCCCUCCCGAUUUUCCCGCCGCGCUGUCUCCGUUUCCACCUCUUAUGACGAGAUGAGUCGCGUUCGCUCCGUCUCCGGCGAGCAGAUGCGCCGAACUCUCCGGUGGUACGAUCUCGUCGGACUCGGAAUCGGAGGGAUGAUCGGCGCCGGAGUCUUCGUGACCACUGGCCGUGCUAGCCGCCACUUCGCUGGCCCCUCAAUCGUAGUCUCCUACGCAAUCGCAGGCCUCUGCGCUCUCCUCUCCGCCUUCUGUUACACCGAGUUCGCCGUCCAUCUACCCGUCGCCGGCGGUGCCUUCAGCUACAUCCGUAUCACAUUUGGCGAGUUCCCGGCGUUUCUAACCGGAGCGAAUCUGAUAAUGGACUACGUUAUGUCAAACGCCGCCGUUUCGAGAGGAUUCACGGCUUAUCUCGGAUCUGCAUUCGGAAUAUCCACUUCCGAGUGGAGAUUCGUCGUCUCCGGUCUCCCAAAAGGAUUCAACGAAAUCGAUCCGCUUGCCGUUCUCGUCGUCCUCGCCGUCACCUUCAUCAUCUGCUACAGCACGAGGGAGAGCUCGAAGGUGAACAUGGUGUUAACCGCAUUGCACAUUGCAUUCAUCGUAUUCGUGAUCGUGAUGGGCUUCUGGAAGGGCGACACGAGGAACCUAACCCGACCCGCUAACCCGGAUAACCCGUCCGGAUUCUUCCCGUUCGGAGCUUCGGGAGUGUUCAACGGAGCCGCAAUGGUGUACCUGAGCUACAUAGGGUACGACGCCGUUUCGACAAUGGCAGAAGAAGUAAGAGACCCGGUCAAAGACAUCCCCAUGGGAAUCUCUGGCUCAGUCGCAAUCGUCAUUGUACUCUACUGCUUAAUGGCCAUCUCCAUGUCCAUGCUCCUCCCUUACGACCUGGUCCGUACCGUCGUCCUAUUACUGUAUAUUGGUUUGGUGAAUAAGGGUAAUGAUCAGAUAGAACCUGAGGCACCUUAUUCGGCGGCGUUUAGUAAAUCGGAAGGGUGGGAAUGGGUGACGAAAGUGGUUGGGAUUGGAGCAAGUUUUGGGAUAUUAACGUCGUUGUUGGUUGCGAUGUUGGGUCAGGCUCGGUACAUGUGCGUCAUCGGACGGUCAAGAGUGGUCCCCGCUUGGUUCGCUAAGGUCCAUCCCAAGACAUCUACUCCAGUCAACGCUUCCGCUUUUCUUGGAAUCUUCACGGCGGCGCUCGCCCUCUUUACCGACCUAGACGUCCUUUUAAACCUAGUUUCAAUCGGAACCCUCUUCGUCUUUUAUAUGGUCGCAAACGCUGUAAUAUUCCGGCGAUAUGUAGCGGUUGGAUACACCAAGCCCUGGCCCACACUCUCCUUCCUUUGCCUAUUCACCAUAACCUCAAUCGUCUUCACCUUAGUUUGCAAACUCGCACCGUCGAGCCCACUUAAAUGGUUCAUGCUUGGAGCCAGCGCGGUGGCGGCUGUAGCCAUCGUGCAGAUAUUCCAUUGUGUUGUACCUCAAGCUAGGACUCCUGAGUUUUGGGGUGUACCGUUGAUGCCGUGGACUCCUUGCGUUUCGAUAUUUUUGAACAUAUUCUUGCUUGGAUCGUUGGAUGCUCCAUCGUAUGUCAGAUUCGGGUUCUUCUCGGGAUUCGCCGUGCUCGUGUAUGUGUUUUAUAGUGUUCAUGCGAGCUAUGAUGCUGAAGGUGAUGGCUCUCUAGAUUUCAAAGACGUGGAAAGUUUUGAGAGAAUCAACAUAAUUUUGAGUUAA